AUGCUCAUCGUUAUCAGAGAGAAAGGAAGGGGUUUGGGGAUGGUUUCAGUGAAAUGGUGAGAAGGGAAGGUACCGCCUCAAGCCCUCUCAGUCUGUUACACUCAUUACUGCAGUACUAACCUUACAAGUGGUGUGAAAGAACGCGCAGGGACUAUCUGCGUGAUCCUCUAAUCAGUACAACUCUCAGCGGUGCGUAGAACCAGUGCUUCUAGUCUCUUCUUUCAUCCUCUGCAAUGAACAGAAAGUAUAAGCUGGUGGUAGUGCUGGGUGUUGUAACUGUGGUCAUCUGCCUCAUAUAUGCUGAUCUGAUGCCUUCUUUUCCACUACCAAAUAUUAGUAUUAAUUAUGCCAAUAUCUUACGUCCAACGGAAAAUAGAACGAAAGACGAAAACACCACCCAGAAACAAAUAAAUGAAACCUAUUAUAAGGAUACAGAUCCUCCACAUCUACACUAUCCAAGUCUACUUCCUCCAGGGGAAGGAGACAGAGACUUGGGUUCGAACCCUACAACAGAGGUGACCAUCACUCCGAUCCUGCUGCCGGGGGAUUCUAAUUUCCCCUACGAAGAACUGAGUAUGGUCAAUGCUAGUUCACCGCCCGUAGAUUUGUUCAAGGAAGUUAGCAUCAAUGCUGAUGAUCCUCCACUGAAGAAAAUUUUGUUCUGGAAUGACGCUUACAGCAAUAAACACUUCGGGUUUGGGUUCGGUCGGGAGCCGUUCCUGCGUGCUGGGUGUCGUGUCAAUACCUGCAUGACCACUGGUGACCGAUCCAAGUUUCCACUCAUGGAAAUAGAUGCCGUCAUAUGGCACUUUAGAGCCAAAGACAAGUCUCUUCCUAAGCUGCGGUCCCCACAUACUCGCUAUGUCUUCUGGAUGAUGGAGUCAGCCUCUCACCUAUACGGAAACAUCGAGCCUUACAACAAUGUCUUCAACUGGACGAUGACCUACAGACUUGAUUCGGAUUUUCCCAACCCGUACAGCUAUGUAUACAGACGCAGAACGCCCCUGGAACCAACCAACCGGAACUACUCUGCCGGGAAAUCUAAGUUCGCUGCGUGGUUUGUCUCCAACUGCAACACUAUAGGCGGCAGGGACAACUUGGUUACGACACUAAGGAAAUGGAUCGAGGUGGACCAGUAUGGACACUGUAGCAGUCUCAAGUGUGAACGUAAGGACGAGAAGAAGUGUUAUGCUAUGCUCUCCUCUGAUUACAAGUUCUAUUUCUCCUUCGAGAACUCUCUCUGUCGAGAUUACGUCACAGAGAAGCUUUUUAAUAUUUUAAGGUUGGACGUGAUUCCUGUGGUAUAUGGAUCAGCUAACUACUCACAGCAUGCGCCGCCACACUCUUAUAUUGACGCUCUCAGCUUCCCCACAGCCAAGGCGCUGGCAGACUACCUCAUCUACCUCAACAAUAAUGACACUGCCUACAAUGAAUACUUCAGAUGGAAGAGAUUUCACAGGCUUCCAGGCUGGUCAAAAGUGGCUAGGUCUUACUGUGACAUGUGUGAGAGAUUACACACGGACAACAGCACUAAGGUCUACAAUCUAAAGAAAUGGUUUGUCGAUGAUUCUCACUGCAAGUCUAAAAGCAGCCGGGAUAUCAGCGCCUUCAUUAAUGGGUUCUGAGUUAAUAUUGCAACGUAUCAUCAUAGUCUUGGCAUACGAGUUCCCAUCUGGCUACCAUUACCUGGCAUCUAUCACAGCUACUGCUUUGUCCUGUUGAUUUACACACGUGUCAACAACUGUACCAGGCCAAUUGGCUACAUGAAGAUCAGGCCAGUCCGCAGUAUGUUUCUGCUCUCUUGCGUUACUUUCGAAAAUUAACACAUUUCGAGAGAGGUAAUGUGAACAGAAUCUAAUGAAGAAUGAUCCCUGAUGAGCAAUUAUAUUUGGAAUGUUGAAUUGGCAUGUCUCCUGUUAAUAACAUUACUAAAAAUAAAAAUAUAUAGAAUUAUAGCCUUUUCAACCAAAGUUCUUACUAUAUGGGCAUCUACUGAAGACUUUAGUGUCAAAACGCAAUUAAUAUUACUUACAUGUACAUUCAUACUGCUCUACAUGACCAAUGGAACUUUUCUCUCUUCCACUGUUAUCACAAAUUUAAGAUGAUCCAGCCCAUUGGAUUUACUAUUCAAUAAAUACGGUUUAAUUCC